ACGACGAGGUGGAUCCUCUCAGAGCUCUAUAAGUACGAGGGGAUCAGGAGCUUCCUGGCUCAGAAUAACGGAAGCAAAACUGCUCGUCGCAUCUUUCCACUUAACGACAAAGUUUUUCUCUUUUUUCUCGCAUUUCCAUCAUGUUCCGAUACAUUUUGGUAGCGGCCCUCGUGGCUACUGUCGCAGCUGCACCAGCGCCUGAGCCAAAGCCGGCACCGAAGCCGCUCUCUCUGAUAUCAACCCUAAAAACCCCGGCAUCCACCGCAAAGUUGACACCCAUCGCGGCUCCCAUCGCGAGUCCUCUGAUUGCACCAAUUUCUCACAUAACAUACUCAGCGCCGGCACUGCCUCACAUCGCACCGUACGCUUACACAUAUUCGGCGCCACUCCUCGCGGCGGCGCCCGCAAGUUACUCGAUCGAGCAGCACGGAUACAACAUCGUUUACUGAUCGAGCAGCGUUCGAAGAUCCAUCGCUAUUUUACCGGCUGAAGUCGAUUUAUCGGCCACCGUUCGAUAACGCAUUUCAUCUCGAAAUUAUCAUCCAAGGAUAAGGCAGCUUUAUCGACAGUGGUCGAAAAGGACUUUCGACACAACAACUGACGGUAUUCAUCAAACUUUCAAUUCCAUGUAUCGCCACAAAAUCGUAUCAUCCGCAUAAAAAAAAAGAAUAAAAUAAAAAAAAGGAAAAGCUGUCAA